GUUGCAAUAAGGGCAAAAACUUGUCUUGAUUGAUAUGGGUUUCGUUGUUUGUUCCUUUUCCUUUCAUCAACUUGUAGAAAGUACUCUUUGCAAUAUGAAAUUCUCUGUAUUUCUCUGUAAUUUCCUCACUUGAUGUUCAAUUGAUCUCAAAGGUGACUCUUUUCUAGUCUAUACAUGUGUUCUUGAUUUGUCUCUUAAUAUAGAUUGAAUAGUUGUUUGUUUCACUUCAAUCUAAAAUUGCUUAUCUGGGUAUCAUCCACCAUGUGUUUGUUAAUUGUUUCUUUGGGAUUUGAAGCUAAAUCUCUGUAAUUUCCAUUUGGGUCUUUGAUAAAGAAAUUCACUUGUCUUCCUCUUGAUCCUCUAUUGAUGUCACAAGUGAUUCUUUUAUAUUCCAUACAUGUGUUCUUGAUUUGUCUCUUCAUAUAGUUCUUCAGAUUGGAUUGUUGUUUGUUUCACUUCAAUCUUUGUUAUGAUGGGUAUGGGUUUGAUAUUGCUUAUCUGGGUAUCAACCACCAUGUGUUUGAUAAAUGUUUCCUUAGAAUUUGAUCCUGUAGAUAACUACCUGAUAGACUGUGGAUCACACACAAAAACACCAGUGGGUGAUCGAGUUUUCGUAGCCGAUGGUUUGAAUUCUGAUGUUCUUUCAACUCCACAAAAUACGUUUGUCAACACAAAAUCAAAACCCAUCUCAUCCACCAUUGAUUUAGCCUUGUAUCAAACUGCAAGAAUUCUUUAUGGAACAUCUCAUUACACAUUUGCAAUCAAGAAACACGGGCGCCACUGGAUUCGAUUGUAUUUCUUCCCUUUUGUCGAUGGGAACUACAAUUUGAGCACUGCAAAGUUCUCUGUUUUGGCCCAAGAUUUCACCCUACUUAGAGAUUUCCAACCACAAAAUGGUUCUGUGGUUAAAGAGUACUCUCUGAACAUAACUUCAGAUAAUCUAGUUCUAACUUUCACCCCUUUUGCCAAUUCAUUUGCCUUUCUAAAUGCUUUAGAAAUUCUUUCGCUCCCCGAUGAACUCAUUCCCGAUGGUGCUAAAACCAUUGGUCCUCUGGUCAAGAACCAAUCUGUUUUGACAAGAGCAUUAGAGACAGUUGCGAGGGUGAAUAUGGGUAAUCAAACAGUAUCCCCUCAGAAUGAUACGUUGUGGCGAUUUUGGGUUUCUGAUGAGACUUAUCUGAACCAUGUUAAUUUUGUCAAUUUUGUAUCAAAAAUCGGAGCUGUAAAUUACUCGAUGAAGUGGCCUACUCGGAAUGUUGCUCCCUCUUUUGUCUAUGGCACUGCCACGACGCUUAACUCACAACUGGAUCCCAGUACAUUGGUCAAUGUAACCUGGUUUUUUCCUGUUGAUCCCGGUUUUGACUAUCUGGUUCGGUUUCAUUUCUGCGAUAUAGUGAGCAAAACCCCAGGACAGCUCUUCUUCAAUGUUUAUAUAAACUCUUGGCUCGUUGCUAUGAAUCUUGAUCUUAGUAUUCUAACAUCAAACAUCUUGGGUACUCCAUAUGUUUUGGAUGUUGUCACAAGUUCAAGCUAUAGUGUUUUCUUGAAUGUAAGUAUCAGCCCUUCAAAUGUGGGUAAUACUUACCCAAAUAUCAUUCUCAAUGGACUAGAGAUUAUGAAGCUGAGCGAUUCUAGGGGCAGUCUCGCUGUCAGGGACUCUAAAGGAAAUUCCAAGAAGAAAAUUUGGGUGAUUUUAAGCAUAGCCAUUGGGGUGUUAUUUAUUGCUAUGUUUUCGGCUUUGGUUUUGUUUGUUGUUUGCAGAAGAAGAAGAAGAUCAUCACCUGUGGACCAUUCAACAGAGGACCAUUUUGCAAUCAAUGGAGGUGGAAUUUCUGAACCCAUGGAAAAUAAAUAUGCCAGUGGAACUGCAAUUAUUUCGAGUUCAAAAAUUGGGUAUCGCUUCCCUUUCGUGGCAAUUCAAGAGGCCACUAAUAAUUUCAGUGAAAGUUUGGUUAUUGGGGUUGGUGGUUUUGGGAAGGUCUACAAGGGAGUUUUGAGGGAUGAAACAGUGGUGGCAGUGAAGAGAGGAAUCUCUCAAUCUCAACAAGGUCUUGCUGAGUUUCGGACUGAAAUCGAAAUGUUGUCUCAGUUCCGCCACCGCCACUUGGUAUCAUUAAUAGGGUUUUGUCAUGAACGAAAUGAGUUGAUCAUAAUUUACGAGUACAUGGAAAACGGGACUCUCAAGGACCAUCUUUAUGGCUUGGAUGUUCCUUGCUUGAGUUGGAGACAGAGACUUGAAAUUUGUAUUGGAUCUGCCAGAGGACUUCACUAUCUUCACACUGGUUCUACAAAUGCAGUUAUUCAUCGUGACGUUAAGUCAGCAAACAUUCUACUGGAUGAGAAUCUCAUGGCUAAAGUUGCUGAUUUUGGAAUUUCAAAAGCCGGUCCUGAGAUUGAUGAGACACAUGUUAGUACAGCCGUGAGGGGAAGUUUUGGGUAUCUUGAUCCUGAGUAUCUGACAAGGCAACAGCUGACGGAGAAAUCAGACAUAUAUUCGUUUGGGGUUGUUAUGUUGGAAGUUCUUUCUGGGAGGCCUGUUAUUGAUCCGUCACUUUCUAGGGAAAUGGUGAAUUUAGUUGAAUGGGCAAUGGAGUGGGAAAAGAAAGGGGAAUUGGAGAAAAUAACCGAUCCUCGUCUCAUGGGUAAGAUAAAUCCAGAUUCUUUGUGCAAGUUUGGGGAAACCGCUGUGAAAUGCUUGGCAGAACGUGGCAUUGAUCGACCCACAAUGGGAGAUGUGUUGUGGAAUUUGGAAUGUGCACUUAAACUUCAAGGAAAUGAUGAGAAGAGGCCUGAUCUGAAUGGUGAUCUUGCUCUUGAGACUGGUGUUUCUACAACGCAAUUCAAUGUGGGAAGUGUAAGCAAUCUUGAAGGUGUUUCGAUGAGUAGAGUUUUCUCCCAAAUGGUGAAGGCUGAAAACAGGUGGACAGAGACAGGUUGACAUAAAAAAGAUGGUAAACACAAAAUACCAUCCAUUUUCUAUACUUGUUUUUUUUUUUUGGUUAUUUUUUGGUCUCAAACUGGUAAAAGUUGUAAUGGUUUUUUGAUACUUGCAAAGCAUGAAAAAUAUAGUUUGUAUGCAGGCUUGGUUGUGGACUUCCAUGAUUAAUAAGCUUGAGUUUGUAAACUCAUCAAAAGAGUGUAUACGCAUAUUUGUUUUUGUAUGAGGUUAGUGAUUGCUUGUAUCACUUUUUUCUUUUGCCUCUUUGGUGAUUUCUCUUUAUCAUUAUGAAUUCCAAACACUAUGAUUUGUUAUGAGUUAUUGAGUUUGAGGA